UGAUGAAACGCGGUGCUGUUCUAUUUCAGAGUAUGCCCUUUUCAUCGUUUCGAUUGUUGCUUUGAUCCACUACUAGGUGAUCUGGUGAGCAACAGCCCUAUAUUAUGCUUCGCACGCAACGCAGACGUAGCUCUAUGCGGUGCACGACAACGAAAUCGAAGAUGACUCACAAUCUAUUUGUCAAAAAGUAAUCAUGCUGAACGUAAGCGAGCACUUCCUCGAGGAGGUCCGCGUUGCCUUAGCCUAUGUGAAGGAAUCCGCGCGCGUGAUUCUGCACACGAUUCUCGUGCAACGGUCCAUCGGAGGCCAGCAGGCGGUGGACGUGCGGACGGUGUGGUCCGAGCAGCUGGAACUCGCGUACUGCAGGCUAGAGGACCUGGAGCUGCAGGAUCUGGUGGAAACGAAAGUUAAGGAGUUUGUGGACAUGUUCGAGAAGAAUCAGAACCAGAAGCGCAGCGGGUGUCUCAGCCUCCACUUCUACACGACAAAAAGCAAGAAGGCCAGCGUGUGGAAUCUGCUCCUGGGCCAGGAAGAAAAGAUCGUCUUCGAAACCUGGCGCAUACCACUAACACUGCAAAACCUUCGACGUUACACCCACCCGGAAGACGAGCUGCUGCAGGAAGCAAACUUGCAGCGGACCGCCGCGCAGUACGUCCGGCUCACGGUUGAAGAGUGCGUGCGGAAAGUGAUGACCAGUAACAUGGACCACUUGCCGCCCCCACCACAGCAUCUGCCGGUCUAUCGAUUUGAAAUCGCGUUUGACUCAGGUGCUCCAUUCUCACCACGGGCUUUUUCUCAGGCAAUCAAGAUUCCCUACAUAAGUUGA